UACACUUCGUUUAAAAGAGAUAAAGGUUCAAUUAUCAUUUAUCAAUGAAGAACUAAACAGGCUACUGCCCAGAUUAUUAAAGAGAGCCAUGGUACCUCUUCAUUCACCCCUUACAACCAUCAAUUUAAGCAGCAUUUCAUUCCCACCUCAAAAACUCCAUUACCAUCAAAAAUCACCAUUUUCAUCCUCAAAAAUCUCAUACCCUUUGCAUUCUUUCAUCUCUUCAAAUUCAUUCAAACUCAAAAAAGAAAACUCCUUUCAAGUUUCAUUAUCAUUUACCCAACAAAAUUCCAAUGAUUUAUUCAAUAAUUCUCUGUUACUUCUUCCUAAUUUUUCAUUUUCCAAGUUACCAUUUUCAAGACUCACAACUGCUGCUUCAACAUCAACACCACCACCCUUAAAUUCAACUGUCCUAAAUUCCAGUGAAAAUGUUCAUUGGAUGGUAAAAAUGGAUAAACCUCCAAAUGGGUUUCAAUCAAAAGCUGAAAUCAUCAACUAUUAUGUCAGUAUUUUGGAAAAAGCUCUAGGAAGUGAGAGGGAUGCACAAAGUUGCAUAUAUGAUGCUUCCUGUGAUACAAAUUUUGGUUUCUGCUGUAUUGUAGAUGAAGAAACUUCUCGUUUUAUUGCUGGUUUGCCUGGAGUGCUAUCUGUUAUUCCUGACCCUGAUAUAAAUUCUGUUAAGAAGGAUUAUAGUGCUCGAAAUUUUCGAGAUGUUUCUGUGUCGAAUUUACACAAUCAGACCUCAUUGUUGUACCCCAAGGGUUCGAAAAACUGGCUUGUACGUGUCGAAAAACCGUCUAGUAGAGUCUUAUCCAAGGCACAGGCAGUUGAUUCUUAUGUAAACAUACUAACCAGAGUCUUGGGAAACGAGAAGGAUGCGCAAAUGUGUCGAUAUCAUGUAUCAUGGCAGUCUAAUUUUGGGUUUUGCUGUAAACUCGAUGAUGAGUCUGCGCAAGAGCUAGCUACUGUGGCUGGAGUUAUUUCUGUUCGGCCAGAUGAGCAUUUUGAGUCCGAAAAUAAAGACUAUGGAGGUGACAGAUUGGCAUCCAAUGCUUCUGAUUCUACAAAAGAAACAGAGAUGAGCAAAACCAAGCUUUUCAUAACAGGUUUGUCUUUCUACACAUCUGAAAAGACAUUACGUGAGGCCUUUGAACCCUUUGGUGAACUCGUAGAAGUUAAGGUAAUCAUGGAUAAGAUCUCGAAAAGGUCAAAAGGGUAUGCAUUUGUUGAGUAUACCACUGAAGUUGCUGCUACAACAGCUCUCCACGAAAUGAAUGGCAAAAUUAUUAAUGGCUGGAUGAUAGUUGUUGAUAGAGCAAAGAUGAAGCCACAGCGCUCCAGAGCAUUGUCAUCACAAGACAGAAAAGUGACGCAGAGGAUGGCUCAUCAAAAUUCACAGUCCUACAGCUAAAGAUUGAAUUUCAUUAUAUGUUCAAGAAAAGUUGAGCAGAACAUGGAACUCACAUAUAGAAAGACAUAAGAUAGAGCUAACAUGAUCAGUCAUCAGUGGCUUGGUGCAUCAAAAUGUAUAGGUCGUUAUCUCAUGUUGGUAUUCGAAAGAAUUGAAUCCUAAUUUCCUUCAAUAUUUCAUUUCAUGAAUUUUAAGAGGUUAGUUUCACGACAUGUUUUGAGAGACAGAAAAGAUUGAGAAAUGUGACAUGGUUUACAGAUUCUUACCAAUGGCCAUUUUUCUAAUUGCAA